AUGGUUAACGGAAAUACCGCUUGUAGAAAGCUCGGGAGUCGUGGCGGUGCAGGAGGUUACAUCUCUGGUACAAUCCGACUUCCAAAGCAGAUAACCGCUUUUGCGACGAUAGGAGGUCAUGGAUUAUUUCAUUCUACAAGUAUAUACGAUAAUUUUAACGUUGAUGAAAUGAUUCCUGGCGGUUAUGGCGGAGGUGGUUAUUCAUUUAACUACUAUAGCGUUAAUUACUUGAGUUCUGCAAGCGGCGGUGGUCAAACCACUGUCAAAUUUUUAGAAAAUGACCUCUGGCAUCGCGUGAUUGUGAGCGGCGGUGGAGGAGGGUCAGACAACGUGCAUCCUUAUAUCAAUGAAUAUGGUACCACCGAUGAUGGAUCUGGUGGUUCUGGUGGCGGACUCAUUGCUCAAGGUUUUUGGAUUAAUGGAAUUUAUAAUUCGAGUUAUUUAGCGAACUCCACUUCGGGUUUCACUUUUGGCUCAGGGGAAUCUGCACAAGAAUUUGGAUCAAUAAGUGAUAUUGGGGUUCGGGAAGGUUUUGGUGGAACUGACAGGUCAGGUGCAGGAAGUGGGUGGUUUGGUGGUUUUGCAAGUCAUAAUGGAAAUGGAGGUUCGGGAGGAGGAAGUUCGUGGGUUUUGUCAGAAGAUGCAGAUAUCCCAGAUGGAAAUAUUGCAGCGAAAGGACCUUUCUUCAACAUAACAGAUGAACGUCCAUACUUCUUCAGAAAAACGGAUGGAUAUCUUUUCUAUGACAUUGUUAACAUCCCAGGUGUUUGGGAAGGCAACGGUAAACUUGUCAUUACUAUAUUAGACAAACUAUCUCUUCCUUCUUGUUUCUCUGUUUGUUAUCUACAUUUCUCAUAUCAUCUUUUAUUUGUUCUUUUCAUUGAUUCUCCUUCAAACUAA